AUGAAUCUUUUAUACGCAUUUGCACAAUUUAACAAUACUACACCUUAUCAACUUUCACAAAACGGUCAAUGUGGUGUUGCAUAUUGUGGUGAUGGAUGUCAAUAUGGUUAUGGUCACUGCGGUAUCAUUCGUGAUGGUUUAAAUAUUAUUGAAACAUGCAAAAAAGAAAGAACUUUGGCAAUAACUUAUGAUGAUGGACCACGUACGUGGACUCUUAGCAUACUCGGUGAAUUAAAAAAACAUAACAUAAAAGCCACUUUCUUUGUCAACGGUCAUGGUGAACCUGAUUUUUGCAUAUACGAUCAUGCUGAAAUCCUACGUGAAAUAUACAAAGAAGGACAUCAAAUCGGUACCCACACAUGGUCACAUAGUCAUCUGGCCCAGAAGACGCCUAAAGAAGUCACAUACCAAAUGAAAAAGUUAGAAGAAGCUUUCAUAAGAAUUCUUGGUGUAGUCCCAAAAUAUUUCAGACCCCCGUACGGUGAAGGUCUUAAUUACAAGGCAUUAAGAAAAUAUUUGAAAAGGCAUGAAUCUAAAAAUGUUGCAAUGUGGGAUGUUGAUUCUAAUGAUUGGGUGGGUAAUCUAACAAAUGCAAAAACACUUUUUUUAAAUGGAAUCCAAGAUAAAAAGCUUCCUAGCACUGCUCAUGAGUUAACACCAUUUGUUGUUCAUCAUGCGAAACAAUUGGGGUAUUCAUUUGAUACUGUAGGUGGAUGUGAAGGUAAAAAUGAUCCAACUGAUUGGUACAGAUAUGUUGGGAUACCUGAAGAAAGAAAUUAUGAAACUUGGAA